ACCCUGGAAGGUGGGUUCACUAUCUUCCCGGUGGUGCGAGGAAGCCAGUUCAGCUGCUUGAACCCCACAGUUCAAGAGCCUUUUGGCGCCUGAACGUUUUCAGAAGACAGAAUCUGGACAACUAGGACGUUUUCUUUGGGCACUCGUAUGGCAGAGGCAACAGCGGUGUGUCUGGUUUAAGCAGGCGAGUUCUUCAAAACCAGACAGUGGGCAAGUAUGAAGCCCAGGCAUAGAAAGAUAGCCACAAGGCAAUGGACCAAGAGUGCUGUGGCCCACCGCACUAGGUCUACAGCCAUAAGGAAGAUGACUCCGAAAAAGAGGGGCAGGCCACCUCUCCAGAAUCAGAAAAGAGGCAAGCCUUCCCAGGCCCUGGAGAACAUUGUCGGCUGCAGAAUUUCUCAUGGGUGGAAAGAAGGUAAUGAGCCAGUCACCCAUUGGAAUGCCAUUGUUCUAGAUCAGCUGCCAACAAAUCCCUCUCUCUAUUUGGUGAAGUACGAUGGGAUUGAUUGUGUCUACGGCCUGGAGCUUCACAGUGACCAAAGGAUUUUACAGCUUAAGAUCCUGCCUCAGAAAGUAUCACUCCCUCAAGUGAGAGGCUUCCACCUCAUAAGGACCAUAGUUGGCAGAGCAGUGGAACAUGAAUUUGAGGGCAAAAAUGGCUCUCAGGAUGAGUGGAGGGGGGUCGUCCUAGCCCAGGUGCCCAUCACCAAGGCCUGGUUUUACAUUACCUAUGAGAGAGAUCCGGUCUUGUACAUGUACCCACUCCUGGAUGAUUACAUUGACGGUAACCUCCACAUCAUACCCGACUGUCCACAGGCAGAGGUGACAUGAAGUAGCAACUUGAUAGGUCGAUGUGUGAGGUACUCCAAAGGUGAUGGAACCAAAAAGAUUGGCAGGAUCAUUCACCAAGUUCUAGCCGAACCUCCCACGCAUUUCAUCAAGUUCGAUGAUGACACCCAUAUCUACAUCUAUGAUUUGGGGGAAAAAGAUCCUUUAAAGUGAAAUUCACAAAGUAUGGGGAGGUAGACGUGCAUGACUUACAGAAUUGGAGAGAAAAAAUGUUGUGUUUGCUUGUUUGUUUGUU